CGCCGCGCGGUGAUGGCGGCGUUGGGCACGGGGGAGCGGUGCGGGCAGUGGGGCGCGGCGGGGCCCGAGCGUGGCCCCGGCCCCGGUCCCGGCCCCGGUCCCGGUUCCCUGGGCUCGCUGCUUAGCCGCCUGCCGCUGGCCCCGCCGCGCCGCCGCACCGCCAGCCAAGGCCAGGGCCCGCCCGAGCCGCCGCUGCUGCGCACCAGCAAGCGGACCAUCUACACGGCCGGGCGGCCGCCCUGGUACAGCGAGACCGGGGCGCCCGUGGGAGAGGCCUUCGUCAUCGGGCUGUGUGGCGGCAGCGCCUCGGGUAAGACGACGGUGGCCACACGGAUCAUCGAAGCAUUGGACGUGCCCUGGGUCGUGUUGUUGUCCAUGGAUUCCUUCUACAAGGUGCUGGACGAGGGGCAGCAGGCGCUGGCGGCCCGCAGCGAUUACAACUUCGACCACCCGGAUGCCUUCGACUUUGAGCUGCUUGUCAGCGUCCUACGCAAGCUGAAGAAGGGCAAGAGCGUGAAGGUGCCCGUGUACGACUUCACCACUCACAGCCGGCGCCGAGAAUGGAAAACCGUCUACGGGGCCAACGUCAUAGUGUUUGAGGGCAUCCUGGCAUUUGCAAACAAGGAGCUGCUGAAGCUCCUGGACAUGAAGGUGUUUGUGGACACGGACUCGGACAUCCGGCUGGUGCGGCGGCUGCAGCGCGACAUCAUGGAGCGUGGGCGUGACAUCGUGGGUGUCAUCAAGCAGUACCACAAGUUUGUGAAGCCAGCCUUCGAGCAGUACAUCGAGCCCAGCGUGCAGGUGGCAGACAUCGUGGUGCCCCGGGGUGGGGAGAACUCUGUGGCGCUGGACCUUAUUGUGCAGCACGUGCACAGCCAGCUGGAGAAGCGCGAAAUCACUGUCAGGGCAGCUCUGGCCUCAGCCCACCAGGGGCAGCCACUGCCGGCGACACUGAGCGUGCUGGAGAACACACCGCAGGUGCGGGGCAUGCACACCAUCAUCAGGAACAAGGACACCACCAGGGACGAGUUCAUCUUCUACUCCAAGCGCCUGAUGCGGCUGCUGAUUGAGCACGCGCUCUCCUUCCUCCCACUGAAGUCAGUCACGGUGGAGACGCCGCAGGGGACGACCUAUGAAGGGAAGAGGUUCCAUAGACAGCGGAUCACUGGCGUGUCCAUCCUGAGAGCCGGGGAGACCAUGGAGCAAGCACUGACCGCCGUCUGCAAGGACAUCCGCCUGGGCAAGAUUCUGAUCCAGACCAACCACGACACGGGGGAGCCCGAGCUGCACUACCUGCGCCUGCCCAAGGAGAUCAGCGAGGACUACGUCAUCCUCAUGGACAGCACCGUGUCCACCGGCGCUGCUGCCAUGAUGGCCGUACGCGUGCUGCUGGACCACGACGUGCCGGAGGAGCGCAUCUUCCUGCUGUCGCUGCUGAUGGCCGAGAUGGGGGUGCACUCGGUGGCUUACGCUUUCCCCCGAGUCCGCAUCAUCACCACGGCCGUGGACAAGAGGAUCAACGAGGAGUUCCACAUCAUCCCCGGCAUCGGGAACUUUGGGGACAGGUACUUCGGCACCGACGCGCCGCCUGCCUGCACCGACAGCGAAGCCAUGGACUGCUGAGCCCGCCGGCCCCGGGGGGGCACAGUGCCACCAUUCCCCCCACCCACCCAGCGGGAUCCCGGGUCGGGUCCUGCGUUGCUGGAAUCUGUAUUUAUUUGUAUUUAUUCUGAGUAGCCGCCCCCUCGGCGCUGCUGCAGACCAUCAGGGAUGGGGGGGGAUUUCUCCUUGCGCUCCGACACCCCCGCGUGGCACGUGGGGGGUGGGGAGGGGGAGGUUUGAUAUUCAAACACUCCUUUGCAUUCCAGCCUCGUGGCGGUGAGGCCGUACUGGCCCCCCCCGAAGAUUGCUUUUUGGGGGGAGGGGACCACGCUGGGGCAAGGGCUGCUCCUCGGGCCCCCCCAUCCCUCCAGGGCUGGGCCGUGCCAUGCUUCUUGCUCAGGUUCUUCGGGCCGGGGGCCAUGGGGGCAGUGGGGCCCCCCCUCCGCUUUGCCGCCCGCUCCGUACUGUACGUGGCCGCCUUUCGUUUUGUACCGGAAUAAAGGAGCAGCGCGGCCACC